AUGUACGUGAUAAAAAAUAAAUUAUUACUUAUUAUUGUCAUUGAACUUGUCACAAUAAAUCUUACUGCUACUAAAAUAAUGCCUUUAUUUGAAUUUUCUGCUGGUGACAUAGUUAAUUUAAAUUAUUUCAAAGAACCGUUAAUGGAAUCCUUUGGAAAUAUAUUUGAAGAUUAUAGAAGAGAAGAAUUUAUCAAAACUGACUAUUUUACUGGUGAAGAUUAUACUGAUAUAACAAAAAAAUCAUGUUUAUCUGUUAAAUCUCUACCGUCCUAUUAUCAUCCAGAAGUCAGCAUUGAUGAUACGAAACACGAUCCUACAAAAAUAUUUAACAGCAGCGAUAGACUUAAAUAUAAUGACUUUGGCAUUAGUCAAAGUUACAUCGAUAAUAAAUAUCUGUAUGGUAUUGUUAAAAUAUGUAAUAUCGAGAGAAAUCAAAAUGUAAACAUUCGAGUGAUUAAUGGAAGUGAUUUUCCACCUAUGAAUAAUCGCAUAAAUUACAAACUAUUGCUGGAUGAAACAGCAGUUUUACGAUUAAAAGGAAAGAAUCGAACCCAUUUCAUAUCGUCCAUUGCUACCGGAGAGUGCCUGCUCCAAGUUUAUGUUAACGAAGCAGGAAAGUGUAAUUUCACAGAUGAAAUCCAGAAGAAAAAAAAUUCCGACAAUUUUUUCGAAUCCUCAUUGCAUAGAAGUCACGUAAUAGCAGCCAGUAAUAAGCGCAAUCUUGAAAAUAUAGUCAAUGAAGAUUUAAAUAAUUCUGGGAAAUCACUUUUCGAUUUAAUAAAUGAUCCAAUGGCUUACCUCAGUAUUCUCAAUCUUAUGAUGCCAAACGCUGUUAUUCGUAUUAAAUUACAUUCACUACCUGAAUUACCAGAAUCAUCAAUCAGAUUAGUAAAUAAUUCAAUCAAUUAUAAAAUUCCAUUGAAACAUUUAAAACCUGGUGAUAUUAUCAAUGCUUUCGAUUUAAAAGCAAUUAAUUCAUCUAUUACGGUCGAUAAUAUCUUAGUCGAUGUUUACGAUGAAACAAUUGACAGAUCGACGACGUUAAAAUAUACUUAUUGUUUUGAGUACGACGUCAAUGACAUACCAGUACUGAAUUAUGUCACUUAUAGAACUUACCCUAAUUAUUUGGCAGAUUAUUAUUAUAAAUUUGACCUAUUUGACGAAAUGGUUAAACGCAAACACUACGGAAUUGAUCGCAAAUAUUUAAAUCAUAAUUACAAGUGUAUGAAGAUUACUAUUUGUUCUGAAUUUGAAAGACGAAAAUUAAUUAUUCCGUCUGUUCGUGUCAUAAAUUUGGACGAACAGAACAUUAGGAACUCAGAUAUUUUUAGUGGUGAAAAUAUCGUCCUACGGUAUAGGAUAGAUGAAGAAUCACACUAUGUUGCUCGUACAGAAAAAGGCAAUUGCUUGUUCCAGGCAUUGGUGUUUCCAAAUGAUGAUGUAAACCGUGAAUAUAAUACGCUGAAUUUAUCUCCUUUACACACUGGCAAAAUAAUAUCGGCAACUGACGAUCCUGUCUUUGAGAAACAGGCAGAAGAUUUUGUCAGUAAGCUGACAAUUAUUUCUACCAAAACUCUCAUGGGUGUCAUAAAUGAUCCUGAAACGAAAGCAUCUUUUUUCUCACAAUUCGUUUUCAAUAUCCAAAAUAUUACUCUCAUAAAUGUUUAUCUAGACAAUUUGCAUUAA